ACUAAUGGUGAAGUAGAACGUCGUGUUGUAUCUCAACUUCUUACACUUAUGGAUGGCAUGAAGGCACGAUCAAAUGUCGUAGUAAUGGCUGCCACCAAUCGUCCAAAUAGUAUAGAUCCUGCUCUUCGACGAUUUGGUCGUUUCGAUCGUGAAAUUGAUAUUGGCAUUCCAGAUCCUACUGGUCGCUUGGAAAUUUUACGCAUCCAUACAAAGAAUAUGAAGUUAGAUGAUGACGUAGAUCUAGAACAAAUUGCAUUCGAAACUCAUGGACAUGUCGGUUCAGAUUUAGCCUCUCUUUGUUCUGAAGCUGCAAUGCAACAAAUCCGUGAAAAGAUGGAUUUAAUUGACUUGGAAGAUGAGACAAUUGACGCUGAAGUCUUGGAUUCAUUAGCUGUUACAAUGGAUAACUUUAGG